GAUAGAAAUUGGACAGGUUCAUGACCACCUCGCCACGGGUCCAAAUCUGUUUUCUUUCGUCUCCGUCCAUGCGGUGCCGGUUCUUCCCCGCACCAAAACUUAAACCCGAAGACCUCUUCUCCAUUUCUCCAGCUUCGCUGUAACAGUACUAAAAUGGAAGAACCGAGAGCUGCUACUCUGCAAGGCCAACCGAAACCCCCGAAUCCGGAAGGAGCGGAACCUGUCGCCGUUACCGCUAAUGCCCCAGCUAACAAGAAAAGGAAGUCAGAUAGUGGCGGAUUCCACAACUCCGAUUUCGUUAAGGUUCGCGCUCUGGUCAAAGAGCUCCGCCCUUUCUUCAUGGAGGUUUUGCAUACUCCUGACUUCAGAAACAGCAAAGCAGCUUAUGAAAUUCAAAAAAGAGGAAACCUCGCUUUUAUCUGAAUAAAUUGAGAACUCCAUUCUGACUCUGGGAACAAAUUUUCUGCCCUGUGAACUACUCAAAUUGAGAAAUUAUCUUUUCUGUGUUACGUGAGUUGCCAGUAUGAUUGAAAUUUAUUUUCUGAAAUG